AUGUCUAGCUGUCAUCCUUCCCUUCCUCUGUGUCAUCCCUUCCUCCUCCUCCUCUGUGUGUGCAGCUUCGGUGUUCUCAUGCUUGUGGUGCUUACCGGCCGUAGCCCCCACACUGGUGAUGGUGAAAGGAAUGGGCACAUUCUGCGAUGGGCCGACGAUUGCAUUUCCUCCAAAAGAACUGACCCUCUCAAAGACCCGAGCAUGGACGCCCCGGAUGAUGCUGUGCUGCGCCUGGCCCAGCUGGCUCUGCGCUGCACUGUGCAACGCACUGCAAGCCGGCCCAACAUGGCAGACAUUGCCAACGAGCUGCAGGGAAUCAGGCACGAGGUGGUGGGGAAGGAGGAGCUCAGUGCAGCAGUUAAGGUGGAUGAGCAAGCAGAGGGGAUGCGAACUGCUGCCACACGCUCUGCUACUGCUGUUGCCCUUGCCGCUACUAGCACGCGCACCACCGCAUGCGCUGCCUCUGCUAUUGCGACGGCCAGCGCACCCAUCAACUGCCAACGCUAG